AUUGCAUAGAUUGCUUUAAAACAACUUUUGACAUUUCAUCUAAUCACAUAAAAAACAGCAAAUGAGAAAGUGAGAAAUAGUAUUCUAAAGAAUUUGUCAAAUUACAUAUAAUACUUAGCAAGAAACAUUCUUUUAAUUUUGAUCAAUAUCCCUAUCAAAUAUUUGUAGCUGUCCAAAUGUAUUUUCAUACCCUUUUCUUUAUCCUUCCCUUCUUCCUAGCAAUUCAAGACCUAAUUCUAUUAUUUUGUAAGUUAACAAGUACAAUGAUGAUAUGUACAUGUUCUUUUUUUUAAUGUAUUUCAACAAGAAUGUUGUGUUUCUUUUGUUGGUAAAUUAAUUGUUAUGCAUGUUUUUCAUCUUAUUUAUUUCAAUGGACAAAUGUAUUUUCAAGUAUAAAACUACAUAUUUUAAAUCAUUUAACUAUGAUGCACAUGUCUUUCUAUUAUAUAUGUUUCAAAAGGCAGGAUUGGAAAGUUGAUAUUACUAUAGUAAUUACAAUUCAUUCUUUCCAUGUUUUUAUAUCUAUAUACACUAAUAGGCAAGCGUUCUUAUUGUCGAAGGAGGUGCCAAGGUAUAUGGGAAGAACCUGGUUCUAGAAAGUGUAAAUAUGACUGUGGAUGAUGGUGGUUACAUAGACGUCAGUGAUGGAGGACAUCUUGCUCAACAAGGACAGGGUGCAGGGAUAAGUCAUCGCCUCGGUGGCAGUGGGGCAUCUCAUGCUGGUCUUGGUGGUAGAGGGGGGUGUCAGGGGUAUGUCACAUGCACCCUUCCCAAGAAUCUUCCUUAUGGUAACCUCUACAAUCCAAGGGACUUUGGCAGUGGUGGGGGUGGAGCAAGAGGUGGUAUCGGUAAGUAGAUAUGUUCCCUUUCGUAAAUUAACUUUCCCCUAAUACUAAUAGUGCAUGUUAUCAUGGUUAUGACGUUUUUAGGGGGCUGUACACAGAUGUUUCCGAGCAGGCAGGUGGGCUGACUUAUAAAAACAAUAAAUGUAUUCAUAUUAAUGAAGAAAAAAAAGGAUGAAUAAGUCAACUUCUGCGCAGAAUUUACUUACCACAUCACUACUGCAUGAAAUAAAAAGUGAAGAAGUAGGUUGACACAAUGACAUCAUAGAAUCAUGAUUCAAACAUCGUUCACUAUAUCAACUUUUUUUAAAAACAUGAUUCUGUACCAAUGUCCCUUUUUGUGAUUUGAGACACAUUAACUUUUGAUUAAACGCAACCAUGAUUCUGCGAAACCAUCUUUCAAAACGUUUUUCAAGUCAUCAUUCUAGCUGAAAAGUCGUGAUUGAACGCAGCCAAGUUUGAAAUAAGAUUUCAAUUACAAAAUGUUCAUAUGUUAUUAUGUACUGUGUAAAAACCUCUAGGUGGGGGAACUCUGCAGAUUCAAGUAGAUGAUGUUCUUCAAGUAGAUGGUACUAUAAUGGCUGAUAGUCUUGAUCUAGCCCUGACCUCAUCUGGAUCCGAUAGCUCUGGCGGCAGUGGAGGAAGCAUCCUAAUUGAGUCAGGAGCUUUUAUUGGUGGACACACAGGUUCAAUACAGGCAUUGGGCGGUGCUGCAAAGUACACCAACGGUGGGAGCGGUGCCGGAGGCCGCAUAGCUAUAUACCACCAAACAAAUGUUACCCAUGGAGAAUACCGAGGCUCACUGAGGACGGAGGGUGGUCCAGUAGGCAUGGGUGGUGCUGAGGCAGGAGCAGCUGGUACUGUGUACAUCAAGCACCUUGAUACAGGGUUCUCUGUGCUCAAGGUCGACAACGGUGGUAGGAAGCCAAUCACCAAGGAGAUUGAAAAUGUUGGUACACGGCUUAAUUUGGCCGGUGGAACUCGGUCCAAGUCUUCAGUCUACACAGCUACCUCUGGUGUCAGAGUCUCUUCAAGUGGACCAACCUAUGAUCCUUAUCCCCAUCAUGAUGAUUAUUACUAUCUGGCAUACCUCUUUGACCAGUCGUAUAAUGGCGAUGCAAGGUCAUACUACAGAAGCAGCUAUCACAGUGUGGUCUUGACCUUUGACCUUGGAGAAAUCUUCUUUCUGAAUGUAAUCAGAGUUCAUGUCCAAUGUAAUGCUCUUACAAAGUUCAGGGUGGAGUCUUCUUUAGGAGGUACCAUCCUGCCAAUAACUACAGACUAUGUCCUUCCUCCAAACCCAUGCCGUGGGUCUGGCCCUUAUCUGGAACUGUCCGUUAAACGAAGGGCCGACACUAUCAAAUUCCAUUUGACUUCCACUCAAUCAAGUUCUGUGACUUACAGUGAUGCUGCAUUGUCAGAAAUCGAGAUCUUUAUUGAUGAAUCUCAUGUGCACUCCAGGUAUGAACACAGAGGACUAGACAGUGCAAGGACCUGGAUUGAACCUGCUGGAACCAGUUCUCACCAGUUUGAUGAGGUUUAUAUACUUGGAGGUGCACACCUGGCUUUCAUGCCACUAGAUUACAACCUUACUGAGCCGGUUUCAGUUCAAGUUGGCCAGCUGUAUGGGGAUACAACUGGCUAUAUUCACCUUGGUUUCAAGCAGUCCAUGUCUAUCAACAUCACUCAUCCUGAUAUCUCCUUCAAUACAAGGGUCUAUGAGGAAGGAAGACUGGUGAUGCCUUCUAGGGCAUUCUUCAAAGGAGUUGAGCUUAUUUCUUCAGGAAAUGUUGCAGGGAUUGAUGAUCUGUUUGUCUUUGAUGGUGGUUUUGUUCACUUGGAUGCCAAUGGUAGCCUUGGUUAUGACAGCGAUCCUAGAGAACACACUUUGUCUAGUCUACACAUACAAGAUGGCGGGACCUUCUGGCUGGAGAGCAUAGAUGUUUGUGAUCGUGUGAGCCUGUCUGCAUACAACAUCACUGUGUAUGGAGGAGGUCACUUUCAGUCUAACGCUGGUCUCAAUAUCUCGGCAUCUCAUCUCUUUGCUAUUUACUCUGGUGGUGAACUCAAUCUUGAUCGUUCUGGUUUCCAGACUUGGUCUUCCAUCCAGCUUGGAUCUACACUCGUCAGGGGACCGGGCCAGGGCUAUGGUGGUGUUUCUGGUGGUAGUGGAGGAGGUCAUGGUGGAAGUGGAGGUCGGGGGUCAGGUCAAUCUCUUGUUGGUCUGGCCUAUGGCUCUAUCUAUGAUCCCACAGACUGUGGAAGUGCAGGAGGCUAUGGAGAACACUAUGGUGAGCUGUAUUUUGGAUCUGAACCUACCAAGAAUACAGUUCAGUUGCGCGGCAUUGGAGGCAGAGGAGGCGGAGCUUUGAAAGUUACAUCACGUCAUGUGAUCAUUGAUGGCAUUAUAUCAGCCAAUGGUGAACCUUCAUUAUAUGCCAGAGCAGGAGGAGGAUCUGGAGGGAGCGUUUGGGUAGAGUGUGAGGAGCUGGAUGGCUUUGGUACCAUCUCUGUUGAUGGAGGCAAUGGUCAGCUUGAAGGAGGAGGAGGUGCAGGUGGAAGGGUUGCUAUUAACUACCAGAACAUGGUCAACUUUAAUGGCACCUUCACAGCUACUGGAGGCAGUUCAUCCAAAGAAGAUGGUGGAGCUGGAACAGUGUACCUGGAACGUCAUGAACUCCUGUCAAACACAUCUAGACAAGUCACCCACAAGAUAAUCAAGGUCAACAACAGAGGGCGUUCUGAGCCUCGUUCGUUAGAUGGAUCGCAGGAACCUCUACGUAACCUCCUGGAUGGACUCUAUGAUGAUAUUACAGAAGCUGGAGGGAUAACGUGGCUGUGGCAUACUGAUAAUGAAUAUGGGUUUGACGAGAUUCAUCUUCAUGGAAAUGCACAUGUUGCAAUUCUGAGUAACACUUCUGGGGAGACAAUCACUGUUGUUGGAGGAGAACUGUACGGGGAUCGUUCGGCAGUGAUACACAUUGGCAAGAAUCAAUACCUUCACUUCAACUUCACGGAUGUCUACUUUGCUACCAAUGUUCUCCUCUAUAGAUAUGGUGAGCUGACAGUUCCUCCCAGACUCAGCAUGAGGGAUGUUUGGAUGGAUAUCAAGGGGACGUUUAACGGCAUUGAUCAGUUUACAGUAGAUGAAGGUGGUCAGCUGACUAUGUGGUCAGUUGGACGGUCAACUGGUCAACCAGUGGGUGUCUAUGAGUGUGUCAACAUGACGGUCAGAUCAGAAGGAAAUGUGAAGAUGUUAGCAGUGGAAGGAGAUGAUGACAUCACAUUCCAGACCACAUACCUUAUCAUCCAGGCUGGUGGGAUAGUAGAAACCAAUCGCUUGAUCAUCUCUGCUGAAAAUAUUACCAUUGAUUCAUCAGGAUCACUUAAUGCAGAUCACCGAGGACAUCCAGCUGGAGAAGGUCCUGGGGCUGGUCUGCCUCGCUCUGCAUUCCCUGGCGUCCAGGGUGGAUCAGGGGCAGGACAUGGUGGACGAGGGGGACGAUCCUAUGGAGGGAUCUACUCUGCUUGGUCCUAUGGUUCCACUCACAUGCCUCGACAGAUGGGCAGCGGUGGAGGUCCUGGUGGAUCUGGUGGUAAAGGGGCAGGUUCUAUGUGGCUGCUUGUCAAUGAUACCUUAAGGGUCGAAGGUCUUCUCCAUGCUAACGGAGAGGAUGGAUAUGCGAGAUCAGGAGGAGGAUCUGGUGGAAGUCUUCUCCUGGAUGUCUUUCAUCUUGAUGGGUCUGGUAUUAUCGAAGUCAGGGGAGGCAGCGCCAGCAAUGGUGGAGCGGGAAGCGGUGGUAGGGGUGCCAUUUACUACCAGCAUAGCAGCUUCACCGGUGACCACCUUAUGCAAGGGGGCAUGGCAUCAGAGCAAAAUGGCGCUGCAGGAACCUUCUACCUCCAACAGAACACAACGGAUGGCAUCACAGUCUAUCGCCAUUUAGUGGCAGACAAUGACCAGCAAUCGUCCACAUCGAUGGUCGUUGAAGAAGAAAGUCUCACCUUAAGAGGAUCAUUUUCCUAUGGAUCUCUCUCGUAUACGUCAUACAGUGGAGUGAUUGUCGAGACCUCUCAUAGUCCUUACAAGCAGUCGUCUUCAUCGUCUCAUUCAUAUAAUGCUCUGAGCAAUAUGUUCAACCCUGUCUCUGGUGCUUAUGUCACCCAUACCUCAGCCCCUGUCAUAGUCACCAUCACACUUCCUUUCACCGUCUAUGUCAAGGCUAUCAAAAUCAAUCCUGUAUGCAGUGGUUGGGGUUAUGGAACUCAGUUCCGCAUCGUUGCCUACUCUGAGACAGAAGCUGAUGUAGCAGAUGUGACCAAUGGGUUUGUAAGCACUCUCGGGUGCUCUGGAAUUUAUCAAGGAUUCUACCAUGUCAGAAAAGAUGUCAUUAGGUUUGAGAUUCACCUCCAAGGAAAUGCAGGAUUUGCUUCUUUGAGGAAUGUUGAGAUCUUGUCAACAGAGAACCCCUUAGCUACAGAGCAAUCAAGGUAUUCUGCCCAUCCUGAAACACUCAUAGUGACAUCAUCAGAGGAAUCCUCAGCACUUCAUUAUGACAAGAUCACAGUGAAAGGUGGAGCCAAACUUGGAAUAACUGGCAAUUCUUCAAGUCUCUCACUCAGAGAAAUUCUGACUGGUGAUCAUACUGGUCAGAUCACUGUCAGAACCGGACAGUCACUCGAUGUCCAGAUACCUAGGAACUUCUUGACCAUUUCACUCUUGGCCAAAGUCAACAGCUCCAUCACUUUGUCUGAAGUAGUAGAGUGUCGUCGUAUUGGCAUGAAAAUAUAUGGUGAGCUUCACAGACUAGAUAGACUGACAAUUGGUGACCAGUGCAGAGUGAGCAUGGAAAACCCUACUUUCACUCGACUUGAGAUUGACCACCUGGACAUCAAGACCUUUGGUUCUCUGGACAUAAACAAUGAAAAUGAUGGACAUACUACAAUCCUUGGAACGAAACUCGAUGUGAGGAGUGGAGCCCAGAUGAUGUGUGGAGAUCUGAAGAUUGAUUACGAUGAUAUCAGUUUUGAGCCAUCAAGUCUUCUCCAGGUUGGAUUCUCACCAAACUAUGAGCAUCAUCCAUAUGAUGGAAUAGGGCUUGGUUUAUCAGGUGCUUCCGGAAGCUCAGGUGCAGGUCAUGGCAGCAAUGGAGGACAGGGCCAAUCUCAGCCUAUUGCUGGGGCAUCCUACGGUUCCUUCAUGACCCCUGAUACCUUUGGGUCAGUUGGAGGUCACUCCGUCUUCCCCCAUCGUGGAGGAUCCCCCGGAGGACGUCUCUUCCUCAGUGCCAACCGGAGUUUCCACAUUGAUGGUACUCUAGAUGUAUCAGGUGGAGCUGGGACAUCCCCUAAUGCAGGUGGUGGAAGUGGAGGAAGUAUCUGGAUUGAAACAGAGACAUUCAAUGGAGAUGGCUCCAUCAAUGCCCUUGGAGGAGAUGGAGAGGGAAGUGGAGGCGGAGGUGGAGGUGGAGCUGGUGGGAGAGUGGCCGUUUAUUAUACCUACAACCACUUCUCAGGUUCAUUUGUAGCAGCUGGUGGAGUGUCAUCCUACGAGCCUGGUGGUCCAGGAACAGUAUACCUUCACAAGCUUCAACCAGUCAAUGGCACCUCAUUCCUUGAUGCUUCCAGCCCUGAAGGACAGAUCAUGCACGACUCCAAUGUCUCAUCCCCUCUCACCAAUCGCACACUCUACCUUAACAACCUAGGACGCCUGCCAAGAUCCAAGAACCGAAAUCUCACUGAACUGUACUCGGAAUACCAGUCAGCCACGACUAUCACCUGGUUAGAGCCUUCUGUGCCCGCAAAGAUAGCCAUUCAGAGGAAUAACCAAUCGCACAAUUACUCCGAUGACUUCGUCAUAGAUGAAUUGCAUGUGUACGGAGGUGCAGAAGUUGCUUUCAUUGAUCCUCUGCAUCCAGGAUCACAGUUGAUGAUGCGUCUUGGAACCAUCGGUGGCGACCGUACAGGUCGGAUGCUCAUCGGCUUCAAUCAGACCAUGGAGGUGAUACAGCCAGAUUUUCCUCUCAGCGUUGAUGUCUAUAGAGGAGGAGAGAUAGUUCUCUAUGGAGAACUGAUUGUCAGUGGUGUGACAUUCAACAUUGAGGGCGUCCUUCCCUAUGCAGAAAAUAUUACCAUCAGGGAUGGAGGGGUACUUAACAUGCAUGAAAUGAUAGGGCUGGAUGGUGAAGCAACAGAGACGGUUCUCUUCAACUCUAUCAACAUCAGGAAUCAUGGGACAUUCUUAACUCACAAUGGGAAAAACAGGAGGGCUCUGAUCGGCGAUUAUUUACAGGUUUAUGGUGGAGCAUCGUUGCUCUCAACUAAUCUCUAUCUUGAAGUUCGUACAGUCAUAGUAGAUUCAUAUGGGACAAUCAGUGUUCUUGGGUCAACGAAGGAAUCAGCAGAAGGACCUGGCGGAGCAUUCAUGAACUCUGGUGCUUCCCAUGGUGGAGAAGGGGGCGGUGAAAACUCUUUGGUGCCGGUACCCCAAGCCUAUGGUUCCUUCACCACUCCUACAGAGUUUGGGAGUUCCUCCAGCUCAGGAACCAAUGGUGGUGGCAUUCUUAGUGUUUUGAUCUCGGAUUUGAGAGUUGAGGGUCGUCUUGAGGCAAAUGGAAUGAAUUCCGGGGAUUUCGGCGGGGCGAGUGGUGGCAGCAUCAUGAUACAAGCAGAAACAAUACACGGAACUGGUGUCAUCUCGGCAAAUGGAGGUGCAGGGACAUGUGGGGGAGGGGGUGGAAGAAUGGCACUGUACUAUAAACACCUCAGCGAUGGCGUGACCCAUGAGGUCAGAGGAGGUCAAGGGUCAUUGUAUGAACACGGAGCAUCAGGAACAGUCUAUCUGAAGGAAGAAGGGGAUGUGGAGCGAAAGAUUCUGAAAUCUUACAACCAUUUUGCCAGAGCAAGCUCACAGGUCAGAAGAACGGUUGUUCCUCUUCCUCCAGACCCUGAUCUUGACCAUGAUCUCGACCUCCUGGACAUUGGUCAGUAUGCUCACGUUGAGCUUGAAGCAGUGGACAUUCAUGGUGACCCUGCAACCGAUGACUCUCGUAGAACACUUCACACGUCUGAUAUCGCUGGUGAUCUGCUGGGAGUGCUUCAUGUAGGAGAGAAUGAUAGUAUACAGAUUGGGGCUAAUGCUACUUCCAGGAUACCGUUCAGCAUCACUGUUUACCAGGAUGGAAGAGUAUCCCUACCACCAAAGUCUGUCUUCCAGGGUGUAGACCUCACCAUGCUGGGAGGAAGAUUAGAAAGAGUCGACUUGUUGGAGAUCGCAAAGCACUCCCGAUUCACCUUUGACCCCAGUGCCAGCAUCAAUUCUGAGCAGCCCAGUGAUAUCGACCUGGCUUCCCUACUCCUGUUAGGAGGAGGAACCAUGGAAUAUAUGGGAAGCCCAGCUGGUGAUGAUGAGAUGAAGAUGAGCUUAGAGGAAGAGCUAGAGAUACGAGGAGGAGGAGUCAUGAGAGGAAAUCAUCUCUCCAUCACAGCACAUGAUAUAAUGAUUGACUCUGGAGCCCUGAUGGAUGUGAGCAAGCGUGGUUGGCCACCUGGAGAGGGUCCCGCUCCUGGUAUCUAUGGUGUAAAGGGUGCUGCUGGAGCCUCCCAUGGAGGGCGUGGUGGAAAGGGGACCAGCGUGGAUCACAGUGAUAAUGCAUAUGGAAAUGUUACAAAUCCAAAUGACUAUGGUAGUGGUGGUAGUCUUCUGACUGGUGCAGGUCAGACGUCAAGUGGUGGUGGCAUCAUCAAACUGAUGGCCACAGGCAAUGUUCUUCUGGAUGGUGAGAUUCUGGCAAGCGGAGGAGAUGCAAACCAUGUAAGGACAAGUGGGGCUAGUGGCGGCAGUAUUUUCAUCUCGGGAGGUGCUGUGACAGGGCGUGGCCGUAUCUUGUCUGAUGGAGGCGAUGCUACAUGUGUACCUCAUUGCAGCAGCUGCGAUCCUGAACGUCGCUGCUUGCAGUGCACUGAUUAUAAGUACUGGAUCGACUUCAAUUGUGUUGAUGACUGCAGAUAUUGGUAUAACAGAAGAUGGAGGGGUGACAGAGAUGGACGUCAUUGCAAUGGAGAAACAGAUGGUGGAAUCAAGGAAAUUGGAGGAGGAGGAUCUGGUGGAAGAAUUGCUAUCCAUGCCAAGGAUGAUUACAAGUUCCGAGGGACACUGCAGGCUCAUGGUGGUAGCAGCCACCUGGAGCCUGGAGCAGGAAGUACCAUUUAUACCAGCUUGGUAUCUUCCAACAUCACCCAACGUUCUCUCAUUGUUGACAACUUCAAUCGUGAACCAACCGCAGAGUUUCUGCCUGACGAUCUUGACCUUGACAGCAGCAGGACAUAUGUGUUUGUCGGAGACAAAGACUUGGAUGUGGAAAGGCUCCAGAUUGAAAGAGGUGCUCAUGUGGUCUUUGCAACGUCUGCAGAAGGCGAGGGGCGGUUCACCUGUGGGCUUGUGGAAGGUGAUGGGACGGGGUUGGUACACAUCCUACCUGAAACACCUGUGCACAUCUUGGACUCAGUUUCACCAUUCCCAGUUGCCUUCAGAAACUAUGAGGGAUCAACAAUGGAACUUCCAAAAGCUGUUUAUCUUGGUGACCUGUCCCAUAAGAAGAUCUAUGUAGAGGGUUCUGUUGAAGGCCUGGAAGACUUCAUUGUUGGAGAGAGAAUUGAAGUGGUCCUGGGAACCAAGGGAGGUUCUGCUAAUCAUCCUGACCAGACCCUAGUCCUGAACUCUCUCCGUAUCCUCACAGACGGAAGCUUUAGCUCCCAUUACUCAGGUUCUCUUGCAUAUGAAGAUGUAGUAAGCCCAUCGCUGUCAUUAGCAAUCACCGACUCUCUUCACAUUCAGCCGGGUGGACAGCUAAAGGGAAGUUGGAUUAAUGUGACAGCAGGACGGAUCAUUGAGAUUGAUUCAGCUGGUAUCAUCGAUGUGAAUGGUCAAAGUCCCAUCAGGCCAACAGACCAGGAGAGUGGAUAUCCUGGUACAACAGGAUCAUCUGGUGGCAGUUUGGGUGGUACAGGAGGACGAACCUUUGACCAGGCCAUCCCAGCCCCACCCCGAGGUUCACUCUUCGAUCCUCUUGACUUUGGAAGCUGUGGAGGUCAAAACUCUAUUGAUCUAGAUUCCUUGGGGUAUGGUGGUGGAAUCAUCAGUCUUACAGCACCUAUUCUAGAUCUGAAUGGAGCAAUCCUUGUGGAUGGUACAUCCUCUAAAGGCGGGCGCAAUGGAGGAGGCAGUGGGGGUUCUAUCCUCAUUAAAGUUUCUUCACUACAAGGUCAAGGUUCAUUGUCAGCCAUUGGUGGCAGCGGUGGGAUGCAUGGUGGCGGAGGAGGUGGAGGACGAAUAGGCAUCCACUUCAAUAACAAUACCUUCCAUGGUGAUCUACAAGCCACUGGAGGUGACAGUGGCUAUGAAGUAGGAGGUGCGGGGACUGUUUUGUUCUUCAACAGAGCUUCCGAUGAAAAGACAUUGAUGAUUGACAAUUCUUUCAAGACUCCUGGUCCACUUGCAAGUUCUACGGAUUAUGAUAUUACUGGGAGUGAAGAGAGUUGCCGCUCUUGGCUUCUACCUGCGUUUGAUGGCGAUGAUUAUGUUUUUGAUGAGUUGGUCCUGAGGGGAAGAGCCCAUUUAGCUAUAGCUGGUGGUGAUCAUCCCAGCAUGAAUACUACUGUGAGAAUUAGGAAGACUUCAGGGGAUGCUUCAGGGAUCUUCCAUGUGGGUCCACAUCAGGAUCUCAACAUUGACCUUCCAUCUGAACACCCACGUGUUGCUUGGGGUGUGCUCCUCAACCCUUAUGGUGACCUUGAAAUGCCUGCUGACCUUGAAGUCCAUGGAGUAACCUUUGAACUUGAAGGGCAACUACAUAAUGUUCGAAACCUCAUCAUUGGCCAUGGUGGUGUAGUAAACAUGAGACCAUACACAAAUAGCACUGCAGGAAUAUCACACGCUCUACACUAUGACUCGAUCAUAAUCAGAGGUGGAGGCAAACUAGUUGUGGAAGGUGGAGAAAAAGGCUUCAAUCUCCAUGGAAACACCCUCAUUGUUGAGAGCGGUGGUAUUCUUGAGGCAGACCACCUUGCUUUAGUGGUGGAUGAUCUUGUCGUAGAGGAAUUGGCAGUGAUUGAUUUGAAUCACAUUUCACAGUUUACUGAGGGUCAAGGGUCAGAGGUCACUGGGGCAGGUCAUGGAGGCUUCGGAGGAGGCAGUGAAGAUCAUCCUGGAGGAAUCGCAUAUGGAGAUGCAUUCCGCCCAUCUCACUUUGGCAGCAUUGGUGGUAGUGAUGAUGUAAUGGGAGGUGGAAUACUACAUGUAGAUGCAAGAAACAACAUACAAAUAGAUGGCACUGUCAGGUGUGAUGGAGAAAGGGGCAUGGAUAGAGCUGAAGGAGGAGCCAGCGGAGGGAGCAUUCUCCUUGAAACAAGAAUCUUUACAGGAUCAGGAAGUAUCCAGGCAAAUGGAGGGAGAGGCUUUGGAACAGUCGGAGCAGGAGGAGCAGGAGGAAGGAUUGCUGUCUAUUACACCGAACACUCAUUUGUUGGUCAAAUGGUAGCAUAUGGAGGAGUGGGAUCUAAUCUGAAGAAUGGAGCAGCAGGGACAGUAUACCAAGAAUCCAGGAAUCCAUUGUCUGUCCAUAGAACUCUUCUUGUGGACAAUAAUGGCCUUCAGGUUCCUGAUACUAUGAUUACUGAUUACAACAAUCUCCAGACUGUUGGAACAAAGACCUGGUUCCCGGCAACUGCCAACAACAUGGAGUUUGACGAACUAACCCUGCUUGGAAAUGCCCAUCUUGCAUUUGAAGCCAUUGAAAGUUUGACAUUGAUUGUUGCCAAAGUCAUUGGUCCUUCAGUCCAUGAAGGUUCCUUUGGGACACUCCACAUUGGACUAUACCAGUCGUUUCAACUGAAUGAAGUUGACAUUAUUCUGCCAUUCAACCUGAAGCUCUACCAUGAUGCUACUCUCACAAUCCUCCCACCUGGUGUCACCUUUCAGUCAAGCCAGAACUUCAUCAAUGGGAGGGUAAUUGGCGGUGGAGAUGUAACGGUCAUUGAUGCAGAGUUGUCUUACGGUCAGCAUGCAAGGUCUGGAAAUACUCCAGAAGCUACGAUUGUACUGCAUUCAUUACAGAUCAGAUAUGGUGGAAUCGUAUCAUUCCUAGAUGGUAUUGAAGAGUACACUAUUAGGGCUGGAACUGUUAAUCUGUCUCCUGGAGGUAUUCUGAGAGGAAGAGCUUUGCUAAUGGAAGAUGUGGACACACUAACUAUUGAGGAAACCGCCAUUCUGACAGUAGAUCAUGCUAAUCCUUUCUCUCAGAAUACUGAAUUUAGGUCUGGCUCUGGUGGAAGCCUUGGUGGGGAAGGAGGAUAUGGACACGUCACCAGCACAAGAACAUACCCCAUCACUGAUAUCAGCAGUCCAAACCUGUUUGGUGAACCUGGACAAUGUCGAUGGAACCCCUGUCUAAAUGGAGAGUCCCCAGCUGGAGGUGGGAAGUUACUUAUCAAGGCACAUACUAUCAUCAAUAGGGGCAACAUUAGUGCAAGUGGAGAAGAUACUCCCAAUAGUAUGCAGGCUGGAGGUGGGUCUGGAGGAAGUAUCUGGUUAGAGUGCACAAAUAUUGACUCUACUGGUACCAUAUCUGCAGCUGGUGGUGUUGGUAGGGAAGGAGGAGGUGGGAGUGGUGGCCUGAUCAAGAUUUCACAUGAAGUUGGGUCUAUCUCGAAAACACCAAGGUCCUGUGGAGGGCUGGGGCACCAGACAGGAGGUCCAGGACUAGUUAUGCUUGAACAGAAACUGAUUGGAACAUAUCACAAAAUGAUGCAUAUCAGCAAUUGUGGAAGAGAAACAGAUCGCGUUGCACGUUUGGCUGUGCCAUUUCCAUCUCUCAGUCUGCAAACUCUUCACAUCCGUGACAAAGGAAAAGUCAUGGUCAUAUGUACUCUGAACAAUGAUGCAACAUGCAUUAGUGUUGGUCAUGUCAUCGGAGACAGAACUGGUAGUAUUGAAAUAGCAAAUGGUGCUUCAUUAUUUCUUGGUGUUUGUGGAUCCUCUGGCUGUGAAUAUGAAGAACAAACUGAGAUGGAUCUUGCAGUAAACGUUAUUGUUCAAUAUGGGGCUUACAUUAAGAUACCAAGCUAUCUUACAUUGAGAGGUGUGACCUUUGACAUCUGUGGCGCAGUAGAUGGUGUCCAAGAUGGAAGAGUUGACAUUCGGAGGGAUGGUGCCUUUCUAGCAAGUUAUCCUGCAAGGACUGGGCCACAAAACUCAGAUGUUAGUGAGCUCGGCAUUCUCAGAAUAAAUAAUGUACAUGUGUAUCAAGAUGGCAGAUUGGAUGUGUCUGAUAGGUGUCCAUACAACGUAAAACUCAUUCUUGACUUUGCUACAUUUGAAACUCUCUAUGGGUCACAGUUUAACCCAGGAUCAUUUGAGUUGAUUACAGCAACGCCAUGGACAGAGCCUGUUGGAGAUCCUUUAGAUGAUGUUCUUUGUAUGACUGAUGGAAACCUAGUCUUGCUGUCUGGUCAGACCUGCUCCCUGCCUGCUGGCAGCUAUGACUAUCAUUCCAUUAUGAUUCAUGGUGGAGCUGUCCUCAAGAUCCUAGGAAAUGAAACUGGUGAUAAUAUCACUGUGAUUUCAGUCGUAGACCUUCAUAUCAAUCCUGGAGGUCUGAUUGAUGGGAAAGGAGCAGGUUUGAGAUUUGUUGGAGACACGCCAUCACCAGAAGGGGGUAGCUAUGGGGGUCAUGGUGGCAAUACAGAACAUCCUCCAUUUGGAAGUGCCAUCGAUCCACUGGAUUAUGGUUCUUAUGGCUCUGGAGGUAGAGGAGGUGGGCAGCUGAAGCUUGUUAUUGCGAGAUGUGCAGUUAUCAACGGGGAUAUCAGCAUGGAUGGUGGUGAUUCGACUUUGCAGAACCAAGGUGCUGGAAGUGGUGGUAGUAUUCUCAUUCAAACACCUUGUCUUGUGGGUUAUGGUACCAUUUCAAGCCGAGGAGGAAAUGCAUUAGCAAACUCUGGAGGUGGUGGAGGGGGAGGAGGAAGGAUCUCUGUCCAUUUCACAGAUGAUGGCAACAACUUCAUGGGUUCCUUUGAAGUUGAUGGUGGACACGGUUCAGGCUCAAGUGGUACCAUCUACCAGCAAUCAUAUGAUGGAGAAAGAUAUCUCAUCUUAGCUGGGUUAACAGAUACCCCUACACCAAUAACGUCAGACACGUUGAAUAACAUAGAUCUGGUUGAUAUUCUGAAGGUAACAGAAGGAUAUCAAGUGGCAUUAGACCUGAAUAUUACCAUAGGACAACUGGGAGGUGAUUUGAGUGGUCAUGUACUGCUGCCUGGUCAUUCAACCAUGCAAUUAGAUUCUGUUGAGUUUGAUCACCUUGGAGCACAGUGCAGUUUUGAAAUUACCGAACAUGCCAGACUCAUCCUUCCGCCAUCAAUUUUGAUGCCAGGGACAGUGAAUUUGGAAGGCCUGCUAGAAACAGAAGAUUUCAUCCUUGGGGAAGGGGCAUCAGCUACUGUAUCAGGUACUCUCAUGGCAAUAUCUGUCAGAUUACAAAGGAACUCAUAUCUCACUAGCUACGAGAAUGCUACAUUUGGUAGGAUGGCGAUACCUGGAACCAUGGACAUUGAAAGCCUUAUCAUUGACGUCAAUGCCCAUCUUGAUCUUAGUAAAAGCUACCAAAUACAUGCAUCAGACUUCCAAAUGCAUGAGUCAUCAGAACUGAGUGUGAAUUCAGAUCGUAAGAUGUUUUCCAUCAUCUGCGGAGAUGCCUACAUAGCAAGAGAUGCCCAAAUAUCUGCUGACGCUGGUGGUCUUGGUGAUGGCCCAGGAAGCCCUUCAGACCACAGAUCUGGUGCAAGCCAUGGCGGCGAAGGUGGUGUGUAUGCAGGAAUAGCAGGUGUAACCUAUGGUUCUAGCACUGUUGCUUCCACGCCAGGUUGUGGAGUCAAAUAUGGUUCUUCAGAAGUUCGAGGAGGAGGAACAAUAUCUUUUGAAGUUGAAUCAGAUCUGAUAUUGGAAGGGAUGCUUUCUGCAAAUGGACAAGACUCUUCAGGAACUAUUGGUAGUGGCUCUGGAGGAAGUAUAAACAUCCAGGUAAAUGGUGUCUUUGAGGGUCAUGGUACAAUCAGAUCUAAUGGAGGGACAGCAAGAGGAUCAUCAACAUCGGGUGGUGGAGGGGGUCGCAUCUCUCUUUCAUCAAGUAUCAGUCACUUUUAUGGUAUAAUUGAAGCUCAUGGAGGUGGCGGACAUUCCAAUGGUGCAGCUGGUACAGUUUAUGCCACAACCACUAUAGGUAACUCUGGACAAAGCUCCUUGACUGUGGAUAAUGGUGGUAUGUUAACUGUUAGUAGUACUGUAUUUAAUUCAAAUGAGACAGAUAUUACUUUUAAUGAUGUUGUGUUGAGGAAAUAUGGAAAACUCAGAUUUAACAGUUCAUCACAUUCCACAAUCACAAUUAACAAUCUGCAUGGAGACAAUACAGGAUUACUUCAGGUUAUUGAUAACCAAAAACUGUUCCUUGCCAGAGAUCAAGCAGUUGCAACAUUUUACUACAUAACAUGUGCUCUUGAGGUUAUGGAAAGUGCAGAGAUAUACCUUCCACCAAACAUUUACAUCUCAGAAAAUAUGUUUACAGAAACCUCAUUUAAACUUUCCGGUCAGUUAACUGAUGUAGCAAACAUUGUUAUUGGAUCCAGUGCAUCUAUGGUUAUCAGUGUCACAGCCCAUUCUGCAAUACUUCUGGAUCGUAAUGAGCUAAUUAUCAAUCCACCAGGAUCUUUCUCAGCUACCUCAAUCCAAGUUCAUGGAAACGGCCUGUUACAAUUUGAGAAUUCUACAGAAUUAUUUAUCAAUCUGGAAUUGCUGAGUAGUUUGGAAGUCAGAUACGGUGGUAAAGUGGAAAGUGGAUGGCUUGAAAUCAAUACCCCUUCUGUUGUUGUGGAGUAUGGGGGAAUGAUAUCAAGUUCUGGUAGAGGCUUUGGACCAGGUGAAGGGCCAUGCCCGGGUCAGAGUGUCUCUGGGGGUGGUUCCGGCGCUUGUCAUGGUGGAUCUGGUGGUUUUGCAUCCAGUGGUGCAACAACUCUUCAAAGGACAACAGGUAGUCUGUAUGGCACAAGGGACUUUGGAAGUGGGGGCGGAAGUAGCGAUACUGGAGCCGGUGGAGUUGGUGGUGGAGUGAUUUCUAUUUCAUCAGAGACUAUAAGGAUUGAUGGAACUAUUAAUGCUGAUGGCCAGAGUGGAAACAGGGCAGGUGGUGGAGGAAGUGGUGGUGCUAUCCACAUCAUGACAGAACAUUUCUCAGGAUCAGGUGUUCUUAGAGCAACUGGUGGGAAUGGUGGGGAAAUAGCUGGUGGGGGAGGAGGAGGGGGUCGCAUCGCUGCAAUCCUUUCUUCUGCUAGUAAAUUCAAAGGUACCUAUGUUACCCAUGGUGGAAGUGCCCGUGACGGCAACCAAGGAGGCUCUUCAGGCACUGCUUUGCAACAAACUCAGAUAGGAAUCACAACAUCUAAUGAACUCUAUAUCAGCAAUGAGGGUGCUGAUUCCAUUUCACCCCUUGUUACCCUGAUAAACGAGACACAGAAUGAACCCUUUAUAUUUUCCAAGUUGACACUUCUCAGUAAAGUUCGCCUGGAACUUGAGGGCGAGAAUAUUGAAGUCGUGAUUGAGAAACUGGAGAGUGAUUCAUCCUGCCAAAUUCAAGUUCAUGACACAAUGGUACUAAGCGUGGAGAACGAGCAAGAGAGAGGUGUCUUUCAUUGUAGCUUUUUGGUGGAUCCUGAAGGAGAAAUCAGACUACCCUCAAGUGUUGCCUUCCAGGGUGCAAGCAAUCAGAUAUCUGGUACUUUAACCAACAUUUUUGAGCUUGUAGUUGGUGCCCACCAGUUUCUGUCACUUUCCUCUGAGGCUCGUACUGCAGUGUACGUCGGCGGAGGCUACACUUUUAUCUCCCCUCGUGGAGUGUACAGCUUGGCAUCCAUCGUUAUCCAGGAGCAUGCUACUCUUUCUCUGUCUGGGAGGAGUGCAAACAUGUCUGUAGGAAGACUUCAGGUGGACUAUGGAGGAAGUCUCUCCAUACCUGAAUUGUACCUGGAGGGUAACAACGUCAUAGUGAAUCCUGGAGGUUCUAUUGAUCUGACUGGAGGCAGUUUAGAAGGGCCAGGUCAGGGCAUGGGUGGAACUGGCGGAGGUCAUGGAGGUUACGGGGGAUCACCCCAGGGGGAGAGCAUGCUGGGAGGAGCUGCGUAUGGUGAUGUCAUGAAACCUGACAAAGGGGGUAGCAGGGGAGGAAAUGGAACCGAUGGAUAUGGUGGAGCUGGAGGUGGAUUCUUGUCUGUUACCCUUACAGGUGUCGCAACCAUAAAUGGCAUGAUCAUAGUUGAUGGGCUGCCAGGGACAGGAUCAAGCGGAGGAGGAAGUGGAGGUGGUAUUAUCUUAGAUGUUCAAGACCUGAGUGGCCAUGGCUCUAUUUUGGCUCGAGGAGGAAACGGGGCUGGGACUGGUGGUGGAGGUUCAGGUGGAAGGAUUGCUAUUCAUUCUCAAAACAGUUUAAGCUAUGCAGGAUCCUAUGAAACCAGAGGAGGUGGAAGCAACAUCCCGAGUCCCGAGACCUACAUAGGCGCAGCUGGAACUGUAUAUUUAGCAGAUAAACUGAGUGGUAUUCCAAGACACAGGAUGAUCAUUGAUGGAUCUCAAAGAAGCAGCAUCCCUCAGCAGGCUUUCACUAUUCUGAGAUCUGAUCAGGGCAUUCGAGAUUUUGCUUUGGAUUCACUAGACAUUCGAGGACAUGUAUUCUUAGAGCUUGGUCACCCAGAUUCAUCUUUGAACAUUGGAACAAUGUCUGGUGACAGGACAGGUACCCUGGUAGUUCGGGAUCAACAAUUACUGGAGGUAGAUACGUUGAUACCAGCCAAUACAUCAUCUUUGACCCAGUGUAACUUUGAAGUUGGAAGAGAAGGCAUCUUGACAUUCCCUGGGUUGCUCUCCAUUGAUCAGACAACCCUGGUUGUAGCUGGAAUGCUUGCUGUAGAACAUGUGGCUGUAGAGGAAAAUGGCAGGCUGACGUUUCUUGAAGGAGCCACCAUUGUGAGCAGAAAUGAGAGCAGCUUUGUACCACUUUCAGCGACAGGGGAAUUCUACUUCUCAUCUUUAACACUGAAACAGGGUUCAACUUUUGAUCCUGCUGGAGGAUUAGUUAUAAGAGGUGGACUGUUCCAUUUGAAGAUAGGUGUUGUUUUGGAUUUGGACUAUCUCGAGGUCAGGACCAAUGAACUCAUAGUUGAAGAAGGAGCCAUAUUAAGUACCAGUGGUAGGAGCAUGGUCAAUCAAAUUCAUAAUAUGGAUGGAAGCUGUAGAGGUGGUGGCCAUGGUGGUCCAGGGGGUAUCGGCGAUGGUCAACAUCCUGCUGAGGCUAUGCCAUCAUUUGGUACAAUAUAUGAGCCCUCAUUGUAUGGAACACGAGGAGAGGGCACUCAAGGUGGAUAUGGAGGUUCAGCAAUUACUGUAAGUAGUGACAACAUCAGGAUCGAUGGUGUCCUAGAGGCUAAUGGACAUGACUCCGUUCAUGGAGGUGGGAGUGGUGGGAGUGUGUGGGUAAUUGCUCGACGUGAUCUUAGUGGUAAUGGUCUUAUCUCAGCCUCCGGGGGUUCCUCAUCGUCACCCAGCUGUGGUAGUGGUGGAGGUGGUAGAAUAGCCAUACACAUAUUACCAAGGGCAUCAUACCUCUAUCAUGGAACCUACAAUGCUGCUGGAGGAAGUGGUAGUGGUGGAUAUGGUGGUCCUGGAUCUAUCUACUUCAAGCGGUACAAAGAGGAAGAUUACACAGAUGAACUUGUGAUUGACAACAGCAAUGGUCAAUCUCUCCUGUACUUCACCUUGAAUGAAACCUGGACUGAAGGUCAUCUUGACAUUUUAGAACUGAACAACCAUGCUCUCUUUCAUCUUCCUGAAGAUGGUCAGGUCAGAGAACUUGAUUUAAGGAAGGUAGAAGGAGAUGGCACAGGUCUUCUGCAUGUCCAUUCCAAUCACACUGUACUCUAUGAACAGACUUUCGGUGAAAAUCAGACUCACACAACUGUCAAUACUAACCUUAUCAUUGACGAUGGUGGAACAAUUAUUUUCUCGACUCUGACAUUCAUAUCAGGUAAAGGAUCCGUACAUACAGCUCUUGACCUUGAAGGCAGGAUGCUAGGGGUACACAACCUUAUCCUCACCGAAGGUCGUACCAUGAAAGUGUCAAACACUGCUGUUGCGAGUACAGACAUUGACAACACCACAACUCCAGGUCAGUUUACAUUCGGUAGUGUUGAGCUUCAUGCAGGCAGCCGAUGGGAGUUUGAAACCAACAUGGGAUCUGUUCUUAACAUGGGCUCUCUUGACGUCAAAUUCGGUGCAACGAUAUCAGCUGACUAUGUCAUCGCAGAAGUGAACUCUGUGGAUGUUGAGAUAGGAUCUGUCAUUGCUUGCUCAGGCACUGAACGACGGGAAUCCUCAUCAGCAGAAAGAGAGGGCAUUCCAUCAAGUGCAGAUGCAGGUUCUGGCCAUGGAUCUUUCGGUGGGACUGGUCCUGAUGGUGUUACUGGUGGUGGUUCCCCUUAUGGAUCUCUCUACUGGCCGACAAGAAGAGGUAGUGAUGCCUAUACUGGUGGACGAAAGGGAGGAGGCACAGUACACAUCAUUUCCAAUGAGCUGAUUAUUGAUGGUACUAUCUCAGCCAGUGGCGCUGAGGGAGGGGCUAGCGGAGGAAGUGUCCUUGUUCAGGCAUAUCUUUUUAUAGGGAGUGGUGAAAUAGACGUGAGUGGAGGAUCUGGGACUGGUGGUGGGGGAGGUGGCUCUGGGGGUCGAAUUGCCGUCUACACCAACAGCACUAAUCAGUUCUAUGGUUUCUACAAUGCUCUUGGCGGAAGUGCUUCAAAUGACCUACUGCAACCAAGGGGUGGUGGGAGUGGCACUGUGUAUCUUUGGCAACCACAGAAUAGUUCUCCUUUCCAAAGUCUUCUCAUUGACAACCAAAACAGACCACAUUCUCAAUUCGUGAUGCUAGAUGAAGGCAGAACGUAUUAUGAGUUUGAUGAAAUCCACCUUCCGAGGCAGUCCUCUCUUCACAUCAAUGAGUCGGUAUCUGCAGAAUUUGUGAUUCACAAAGUUGUGGGAGAUCGAACCGGCCUCCUCCAGUCUCAUGCAGGACAUAUGUUUUUUGUGGAGGUUGUAGAGUCUAUACCAACUAUUGGGAAGACACCCGUCAACUUCAUCAUUGACAGCCAAUCAGAAAUGGUAUUUGCUCCUACCCUCCAUGUCCUGGGCCUUGGUGUACCCACAAGUAGUGGACGUUUAGCAUCCUUAGACAUGAAGGGGAGAUUAACAAAUGUGAUGGACCUAAUUGCUAACCAGCACUCUCAUAUACAAUAUGGACAAGAUGCACACACUGCAAAGCUGGAAAAUGGAGAAUAUGUAGAGAUCACUGAGCCUCUAAACUUUACCUUUGGUGCUAUUCAGCUUCUGACCGAUUCAUCAAUGUACUUUACAGCAGACUUAGGCAUGCGAUUCCUUGUGGCCGAUCUCCAUGCAAGAUAUAAUUCCUUCAUAUCUGCCGAACAUAUUGAGCUUGUUGCCUCCUCUGUCAACAUUGAAAAGGGGGCCAUCUUAACUUGUAGUGCAGGAGACAGGCCUGAAGAUCUGAUGUCUUCUAGUUUGGGUCAAGGUGCUCCUGCAUCCUCUAAUGGUGCUGGUGGCGCUGGACAUGCAAAUCUUGGCGGGAAUGCUUGCACAGAAUCUUCAGAAACUCUAGAGAGUGGAGGUGCAUUCUAUGGAAGUAUUUACCAGGGGGAAGAGCGUGGUAGCGAUGGCGGUGAUGGAACAAAUAGUGAGGCUGGUGGAAAAGGUGGUGGAUACAUGAAGAUUGUGGUUGGAGAUACAUUUAGGCUUGAUGGUGAGUUGAGAGUUGAUGGCUCUAGUGGUGCCUCUGGGAGCGGAGGUGGGAGUGGAGGGUCUGUACAUCUCUCUGUGACAGAGUUUGAUGGUCUAGGAAGGAUAACAGCUCAUGGUGGGAGCGGUAGUCAAUCAUCUGGUGGAGGUUCUGGUGGUAUCAUCACUGUGUACACCACAUCUGUUAACAACUAUCAAGGCCUGUAUGAGGCACAUGGCGGUGAAGGCAACCCAUCUGAUGAAUCGCAGAGAUGCCAUGGUAGUCCUGGAUCUGUAUUCAUUCACCAUCUCUUUGAAGGUUACCCACGUACAACUCUUCUCAUAGAUAAUCAACAAAGGUCUUGGGUACAUUACUUCACACUCAGAGAAGACAAUAUGAGGCAUUACUACUUUGACGAAAUUCAUCUAAAUAACAAAGCAUCACUGCAACUUUUGGAUAACGGAAUUCCGCAGACGCUGUCCGCAACCGAGCUUCUUGGCGACCAAACUGGUUUAAUACAUAUACAUGGUAACCACACCCACACAUAUGAUGUCAUUGAGGGAGAGAUAACAAGCAUGAAGCUUCCGGUGAAUCUUAGGAUUGACCCUGAAGGUGUAGCAGAGCUGGCCACCACAGUGGACGUUGUUGGCAUGGGUAGUCCAGCCUUUGAAUGGAACGGACAACUUCUUGGUGUAAGGCACCUGAGGAUAUCACCAGGCAGGGAAGUACUCAUAGCUGCCAAUGCUCACACUGCUCUAAAGGUAGAUGGCCAGUACAUUCAAUUGGACAAUCCUGGUACGUUCCACUUCUCAAGUCUGGAGUUUGGAUCACAGACGUCCAUCAGUUUUCCACCGCCACUUGGAGUUACCUUUACUGUUGGAUUUUUGGAUAUAAAAUGGGCCUCAGUCUUCAGUGCUGAGUAUUUCAACAUCACAUCUUCAGACUUCAACCUUGAGAUUGAAGCCACCUUAGAUUGCUCUGGACGAGGCCUGGAGAAUGGCAGUCCAGGAAGAGGUCUGAUGCCAGGUUCAGGGGCAGGCCAUGCAACAACAGGAGGCUCUUGUACAUCUACUGACUGUGAAGGUGGCUCUGUGUAUGGAUCUCUUUAUGAACCUGUUGAUGCUGGAUCCAGAGGUGGAGCUGACAAUUCAGGAAACCCUGGUCCACGUGGAGGAGGGCACAUCCGUAUCCGGGUGGGAUAUAUCUUCCAGUUGGAUGGCAUCUUAGAUGCAGAUGGACUUUCUGGAUCUAAUCGUGCAGGGGGAGCCAGUGGUGGAGCCAUAUGGAUUACAACAGAUCACUUGAGAGGCCAUGGUCGUGCACGGGCUUUAGGAGGAUUGGGAGACCACUCCUCUGGUGGAGGGGCAGGAGGGCGCAUCGCUGUUCACAUUGGAGGCACCGACGAGUAUAGGGGUGCAUUGGUCGCCCUCGGUGCAGCUGGUGGUGGACAUGGAGGGGAUCAUGGAGGCACUGGCACAGUAUACGUGGAGGAGUACAGGAAUGGAACAGCCAGGACCAGGCUCUAUUUGGAUGGCCAAGGAUUUUCUCCAGCCAAAGAUUUCAUCCUGACGGAGACCAACCCUAGAAUCCUUUAUGAGGGCCUUCCCAUCCACAGUGGUGCUCCUUUCGCUUUUGAUGAAGUCACUUUGCAGGGAGGGGUUAUCUUCAAGCUUUCACCAGAUGAAGAUGUUUCACCGAGGCUCUCAAUCCUUACCAUCCUAGGCGAUGCAAGCGGUCUUCUCCACAUCCAACCCAAUCAAACAUUCUCUAUUGAAUACACAUCUGCUGUAAAUAGACGUUCAGUCCCACCUGUUAAUAUUCAUGUCAGUCAAGAUUCCACUGUCUACUUGCCAGCUGACUUUAGGAUCAUAGGAGAUGCUAGUCCGUCAUUCUACCUUGAUGGCACCAUGGUUGGUGUUUAUAAUCUAACUAUUGGGGGAGGGAAACAGUUGGAGAUAGGAGAACAUGCAACCAAUCGUCAUAUCAGUAAUGGGACCUGGGUUUCAUCAUCUGUAGAAGGCCACAUUCUUGUAGGUCAUCUGGAAAUGGAAUCCCAGUCCAGCUUUGUCAGUCCUACCCAUCUCACAAUUGACGCUGCUUCCAUCAUCAUGCAUUAUAAAUCGUACAUCACUGCACAAUCCUUUCAUAUUACGGCCAAUGACCUCACCAUUGAAGGAGAAGCACGCCUAGAUGUAUCCGCACGGGAACCUGGACCUGGGCUUGGUCCAGGAACAGAAACCCCUUCAGGUGGAACUGGAGCUGGUCAUGGAGGCUUUGGCGGAGGUGCCGAUCAUGCUAACUACACACAUGGUGUUGCAUACGGUUCCUACAUCACCCCAUCUCACCCAGGGAGUCGUGGUGGAGGUAAUAGUGGUGGUACAGGUGGUAGCACAAUCAGACUUGAAGUAGGCAACAAACUCCAUGUUGAUGGAUCAAUCCUUGCAGAAGGGGGUAAUGCUGAGGCCUCUUCCACUAGUGGAGGGGGCAGUGGAGGAAGUAUUUGGAUAGAUGCAUUAACAUUCUCAGGACAUGGGACAGUAUCAACUGAUGGUGGAAACGGAACAGGAAAUGGUGGUGCUGGUGGCAGGAUUGCCGUGCAUGUCUCUUGGCUGAGGGAAUUCUCUGGUUCAUACAGCUCUCUUGGUGGUUUAGGGAUUGAUGGAGCAAAUGGUGCAUGUGGAACUGUUUACUACACAGACACCAAUCAGGGGUUGAAUUAUAGAAGGGCUAUCACUGGCAGUGAUGAGGAACUGAUUUGGAUAGUAGGUUACACCAAACUUCUACUUGAUAACCAAAACCGCAACCAUUUGCUCCCUACUGUCAUUGAGGAUGAUUAUGGUACUGGCUACUUCGAGUUUGAUGAGCUAGAGACCAAUAAUCAUGUGACAAUGUGGCUUCAUGAAUCGAAUGCAACACUGGUGGUGCAUAAGUUCAUCGGAGAUCGAACAGGCCGUCUUCAUUUGAGAUCUGGUCAGACAAUGUUCAAUGAGUUUGUAGAAUCUGAAAGUGGUAUUUCUGUAGCACCUGUCAGUUUUCUAAUUGAUGUGGGUGCAGAGUUGAUAUGUCCAUCUACAUUCAUAAUGUUAGGAACUAGAACAAUAAUCAAUGGACUCUUGGCUGCUGUUCUUGAUCUCUAUGUUGCUGAAGGAGCUAGUGUAACAUUCUCAUCAACAUCCACAACUGCUCUGUUGAUCAAUGAUACAUAUGAGUCAAUGACAGAGCCAGGAAAUAUCAGUUUCAGCCAAAUGAUCAUCCAAAAGGAUUCCCGCAUUGAGUUUCAGGAACUUGAAGCAGACUUCACCCUAACAGCUAGUGAAUUGACCAUCAAGUACCAUGGAGUGGUUGAUAUGAACAGAGGUAAUAUCCACACAGGAGAAGCGGUCAUUGAGAGUGAGGGAUACCUGAACCUUAAUGGAACUGGAUUUGGACCAGAGUCGGGUCCAGGAAAGGGGACAACUACUGUAAAUGGUCUUGGUCUUGGUGGCGGAUUUGGAGGUGCUGGUGGGGGACCAGAGCCACAGGAAGGUGGCUUGGCAUAUGGUUCACUGUAUGAGCCACUACAGAUGGGGAGUGGUGGCGGAAAUGGUGGUGGAUCUGGAGGAGCAGGUGGAGGGGUUCUGCACUGGAUAAAUGGAAAGACGAUGCAAAUUGAUGGCUUUAUCUACGCAGCAGGAACACAUGGUAGUGGCUCAAAUGCAGGUGGUGGUAGUGGAGGAGGAAUAUUGAUUGAGGUCACUGACUUUUCUGGUCAUGGUGAGAUCAAUGCUCAGGGAGGUGAUGCUGCAUCAGUAGAUGGAAACUUUGGGCAUGGGUUUGGAGGAUCAGGUGGACGCAUAGCCAUUCAUGCAAGAAAGUCAUUCCUGUUCUCUGGAAACUUCCAAAAUGCUGGCGGUAACCGUGGGUCUGAAGGCUUUGGAGCUGCCGGUACUGUAUAUGUUGAAGAAAAUGACAGGGGACCACAAUAUGCAGACAUUAAAACUAGUAAAGGUACAAAUUCAACCUUCAUUGUGGCUGAUCAUCGAUAUGUUGAGGUGGACAAUGACAACCAGCAUGAACCAUGGAUUUUCACCAUGCUAUCAGAGGGAAAUUUAGCAGAAUGGGAACUUGAUGAACUGCAUGUUACCAGACAUGCUAAUGUAAGAUUCUACCAUCCGCCAGAUGAGGAAAAUGUGACCGUUGUUAUUCAUAGGUUCCUUGGUGAUAGGACAGGACUUGUGAACAUUCGCCUCAACCAAACAAUAUACUUUGAGUUUGUGGAAUCCCAAAGCAAUGAAACUGUCGCACCAUGCAGUUAUCAAAUAGACGCUGGCAGUGAAAUUGUCUUUCCUACAACUGUAUACAUCCUAGGUACUAGAUCCUGGUUUGCUGGACUUAUAACAGGUGUUCACCACCUACAUAUUGCAGAUGGAGGAAAUGCAAUAUUCAUGUCAACAGCACACACAGCAAUACUUGAAAAUCUACAAUAUGUGGACAUCACUCCACAGGGGAAUUUUAGCUUUGCUACCUUCACAGUGGAAAGGGAUUCAGAAGGUCACUUCUGGCAGAUAACUCAGCCACUUGGACUCUAUGUUAGUGAAUUCAGAGUGAAAUUUGAAGGACAGCUAUACAUGAAUACGGCUGAGAUAAAAUCUUCCUUUGCAUGGAUUGAGAGUCGAGGAAGGUUCCACAUGGACGAAAGAGGCCAUGCUGCACAGACUGGUCCAGGAGCAGGGUUUACAACACAAGAUGGAUCAGGCACUGGAGGAGGGCAUGGAGGACAAGGAGGAGGACCAUCAACUGAAUAUGGGGGUGUGCCAUAUGAUUCUGUGUACGCACCACUAUUUAGCGGUAGUGGGGGUGGCAAUGGCCAAGGAACAGGUGGUACUGGUGGAGGCUAUCUGUAUUGGGAGGUUGCCGAAAAGCUGUCAUUGAAUGGAGAACUAGCACUACGUGGUGGGAAUGGUGUAGGCUCCAGUGCAGGAGGUGGCAGUGGUGGAGGACUGCUGAUAGAGACAACCAAUAUGACAGGUCAUGGUGUGAUUGAUGUGAGUGGAGGAAACAGCACUGGGCAAGGAGGCGGUGGUGCAGGAGGUAGAGUAGGGAUCCACUGCAGGUGGCGCUACCAGUUUGGAGGAAAAUUCAUAGAUCAUGGAGGCCUAGGAGAUGGUGACAAAGUUUUGAGGCAUGGAGGUGCAGGUGGAACUAUCUACAAAGAAGAGAAUCUUCGCCCUCUGCCAUACCGCAUCCUAAAGAGAGAUAAGGUGCACAACAGUACAUACCUUGAUGUUGAUCACAAAUAUGUGCACAGUGACAAUGAUGGGAAUGAUGUGCCUCCUGCUGCAAUGUUAAGUGAAGGAGGAACUGUAGUGUACUACUUUGAUGAGAUGGAACUCACUGGUUCCUCAAGACUCCUAAUCUACCAUCCUGAUAAUGCAACUGAAGUCAACAUAACUGUGCACCUGUUCAUUGGUGAUCGUACUGGGCAGCUGCAUCUGCGAACGAACCAGACUGUUUUUGUUGAGGUGGAAGAGACAGAAACAAACAAGACAGAUGCCCCCUGCAGUUACAUCAUUGAUCCAGGUGCAGUUCUUAUUCUGCCUACGGAAUUCCAUGUCCAUGGAACAAACAGCCUAAUUAAAGGACUCAUCGCAGGAGUACAUCAUCUCUAUGUUGAAGACCAGGCCAGGAUGACAUUUGAAUCAACAGGAAAUACUGCAUUGUGGAUGCAGAGACAGUUUGUCAGCAUAACCCCAUUGGGAAAUUUCGCAUUUUCGACUAUUACAGUCAAGGAAGGAGGUACAGUGGGGUUCAUGAGGAUCACUUCUCCUUUGAGGUUAGAAUCAAGUGAAAUGAGGGUGAAGUACGGAGGGCAGCUGUUCAUGAAUGAAGCACAUCUGUUUUCAUCAUAUGCCUGGGUAGAGAGUACUGGAACAUUUCAUCUGGAUGGCGGGGGACAUGAUGCAGAGUCUGGACCAGGAGCUGGUUUUAGUUCGGGUGGUGUUGGAUAUGGUGCAGCACAUGGCGGAGAAGGUGGAGGAGUAGAUGUGUCCCUGGUUUCCCAGCCGUAUGGCUCUAUUUAUUUACCAUUUCAAUCUGGGAGUGGUGGAGGUAGUGGUCAAGGAGCCGGAGGUAAAGGUGGAGGCCUUCUGCGAUGGACCAUUGGACAUUAUCUUGAAUUGAAUGGGUUGCUCUCCCUCAAAGGACUUGAUGGUGGUCAACACGCAGGUGGUGGAAGUGGGGGCAGUGGUAUCAUCGAAAGCACAAACAUGACUGGCCAUGGUGAGAUCAAUGUGCAGGGAGGCAGUGGGUCUGGUCAAGGGUGUGGUGGAGCUGGUGGCAGGGUAGCCAUACUCUGUAGAUUGAGGUAUACAUAUGGUGGAAAAUUCAAUGAUUUUGGAGGUAGUGGGAGCUCAAACCAGAGGGGAGCAGCGGCAGGUACCAUCUACAAGGAAGAGAAUAUGCGUCCAUUGGAAUAUCGUAAGAGCAAGUAUAUCAAAUCCUUGAACACCACCUUGCUUGUUGUGGACCAUACCUAUCUCCACAUUGAUAAUAAUAACAUUGAUGUCCCAGUUUCUACAAUGAUUCGAGAGGACAAUACAAUAAGUUAUGAAUUAGAUGAACUUGAAGUUACUGGCCUUGCACGGUCAACUGUGUAUCACCCCAGUAAUGAGACAGAAGUCCAAGUCAUUGCACAUCGAUUUAUUGGAGAUAGAACAGGGCAGAUGCAUCUGAGACAAAACCAGACCUUAUUUGCUGAGGUUGUGGAAUCUGAAACAAAUCAUACAGAAGCACCUUGUAGCUUCAGAAUCGAUGAUGGGGCAGAGAUAGUGCUCCCUUCCGAAGUUCAUUUGCAUGGAAUACGAACUGAAAUCCAUGGUCGAGUGACUGGCAUCCAUGAUCUAUACAUUGAAGCUGAUGGAUAUGUAAUAGUGACAUCUACUACACAAACUGCUCUCCUUGAAAGGCAAGAGUAUGUUUACAUAUCUUCCAAUGGCAACUUCUCAAUCCCUCGCCUGUACAUUAAACAAGGUGGCAACAUAGACUUUCAUCGUGUCAAGGAAGAAAUUCUGGUUGAUGUUUCAUUUCUGGAAAUAAAAUUUGGAGGCCUCUUUGAGAUGAACAGUGGUUCCGUUUACUCUGACGUUGCAGAUCUGGAGAGUGAAGGUGUUCUAAGUCUGGAUGGAAGAGGGUAUAGCGGUAGCGAAGGACCUGGAGCUGGAGUAACCAUUAGCAGUAGGGGUUCCGGUGCCCACCAUGGUGGAAUUGGUGGAAAUCCAACCAUAGGUGAUAAUGGAUCAUAUGGGUCUGUUUUCAAUCCCACUGAGCUAGGAAGUGGGGGUGGCAGUAGCAGCCAUGGGUCAGGCGGAUCUGGGGGAGGUUCUCUCCAAUGGGUUGUGGGUAAGGUUAUACACAUCAAUGGUCUGGUCUCAGCAGAUGGUUCUUCUGGAGCGACUGAUGCAGGAGGUGGUAGUGGAGGCAGCAUAUUGAUUCAAGCACUGAACAUGACGGGCCAUGGUGAGGUUAGGACCAGUGGGGGUAAUGGCUCAAGAUAUGGGGCUGGUGGAGCUGGUGGGAGAAUGGCAAUACACAUUGAUUACCAGAACAACUUUGAUGGGUUAUAUAACUGCAGAGGAGGGUUUUAUGGAGGGAACUCUGAUCCUGAUCACUCAGGAAACGGAGCAGCUGGAACUAUUUAUAAAUACGAAUCAAGAAGAGGUCCUCAAUACAGAGAUUUAAAAUAUAAUGACCCAGCUCUCAAUAUCUCCACAAUAAAACCAGAACACAGCAAAUUGACAGUAGAUAAUGGGAUAAUAGACGUUGAUCAUCCAGCAGUUGUAAUGGAAGAAGGUCGUUGGUUCUAUGAAUUCGAUGAAGUCCAAGUGGAAGGCUAUUCCUAUGUCCACUUUUAUCACCCAGAAACAGCCCUUGAUAUCACUGUAAUCAUACAUGAGUUGACUGGCAAUAAGAAAGGUCUGAUACGUGUCCAGAGUAGGCAGCGAGUGUUUGUCAACAUUGUAGAGUCAACGCAUACCUACCUUGAUGCUCCUUGUGGAUUCCAUGUGGAUUGGGGUGGUGACCUUGUCCUUCCUACAAAUGUCAUCAUCCUGACUGAGAGAAUUCUAGUCGAAGGACAACUCUCUGGAGUGGAGGAACUAACCGUUGAGAGAGAUGGAGAACUUCAGUUUGGCGGAAGAGCCUUUACCUCUCUCCUUCCACCCAGCUCAGAAUGGUACAUCGAUGUGCCCUAUGACACUUCCAGAAAUGGCACUAUCGAUAUUGGCACCAUUCUUGUCAACAAUCUGGGUAUUAUUCGGCUUACAUCUUCUACUGCUGAACCAGUAAUAGAUGCUGGUGUCCUGAGGGUGAAGAAAGGUGGAUCUGUAGUUGCUGAAUGUGAGAAGAUCAGUGUCAAUGCUGGGGAGCUGGUGAUCGAGUAUGUAGGCAUCCUGUCCUCUGUAGGGUCUGGGAUGGGUCCUGGUGCUGGAAGUAGCUAUGGCGGUGCAGGACAUGGCUCACCAGGUGGUAAUAAUGGUGGCGGAUCAGCAUAUGGUGAUUUGUUCAACCCCAGUUUGUCCGGGAGUAGGGGAAGUGGGGUGAGCAAAGGAGGUGGCGUUAUCCUUCUAAACAUUGGUGGGAAAAUGAUCUGUGAUGGCAUUAUAUCUGUUAAUGCCCAUGAUCCUACUGCUACUUAUAAAAGUGGGGGAAGUGGUGGAAGUCUGGUAAUCAAGACUAAUACCUUCAGAGGUCAUGGAGAGGUCGUUGCAAAUGGUGCAAGUGGACACAGUGGAUCAUCAACCCGAUAUGGGGGUGGAAGCGGAGGACGUAUGGCUUUAUACAUCAAUGAGCCUUACAGGUUUCAAGGCACUGUUCAAGCCCUUGGUGGUGCAGGGUCACAUUCUAGAGUUUCUGGAGGGCCAGGUACUGUCUACAGGCAGUAUGAGCAGGAUGGCCACCUAUGGAAGGAGCUGGUGUUAGAUGGCAAUGGUCACUCACUCAGUGCAAAUACAGUGACACUUGCUGGAGCUGUUCACUAUGAGUUUGACACUGUUAUUCUCCUACGAGGGGCAAAGCUCAACAUAAAGGGGUCAGAAGGGUCAAUAGGCUAUGGAACUAUUCAUUCCCUAAAGGGCGAUGGGACAGGAGAAUUGAUUGUAAAAGAUCAUACCGAGAUACAGCUUUCUCCUGCUGUCAGCAGAUCAAGACCGACCGAAGCCAUAUCCAUACAACCGAGAGGAAUCUUCAUUGUGCCAAGUAACCUUGAAGUUCCUGAUACUCUCUCAAUACAGGGUGGUAUAUUUGGAUUACAAGAGCUUGUUGUCUCUGGAACCAUUAACAUCUACAACUCUGGCUAUUCAGUUUGCUCAAACUGCUCAAUGACCUCAACAGAGCUGGGUCAAUACCGUCUUACCAGUAUCCAUGUGCGUAAUACUGGAACCUUUCAUGUCAGGAGCAACACCUACAGCACUCAGGAUGAAAGCGGGGUUCGUCUGUUUCUUACUGGGAUUCUGGAAGUGGAAUACGGAGGAGUUGCACGUGUAGAGAAAAGUAUUGCAGGAUAUACCAAAUGCCUUAAAGUAGAACUGUCCGGAAGUGUUGAUGGAUCAGGGUUAGGCUACCUGCAAGAAAGUGGCCCUGGGCGAGGUUACAGAUGCGGCAAUGCUGGCAGUGGAGCUGGGCAUGGCGGUAUGGGGAAUAGGAUAGGUUGUGUUCAUGGCAGUGAGACAUAUGGUGAAGCUUGCCUGCCAGUCAGUUCAGGAAGUGGAGGUGGUUCAGGAUGCACUGGCGGUCAUGUCGGUGGAAGUGGUGGAGCUGCUGUCAAAUUCAUCUCAAUUCUGUCUCAUGUAGAAGGUGAUAUAAGGAUGGAUGGAAAUAAUGGAGCAUAUACAUCUGGAGGUGGCAGUGGGGGGUCUAUCUGGCUUGAUAGUGAUGUCUUUGAAGGAUGGGGUGUUCUGUCGGCUUCAGGCGGGAGUGGAUCUUCAGCACGGUGUUAUAACCUUGACCAUAUAAGAUAUGGUGGUGGAGGAGGAGGGGGCCGUAUAAGGACAUUUUCCCCAGGCCUAUAUCCCAUUUUGUCUGGAAGACGUGUGGUGGAUGGACCAAGUGCUGGCUCUGGAACGCUCUGUUCAGAUCCUUUGCUUUGCAAUUGCCCAAUCUCUUCUCUGUGCAGUAAUCAUGGUAUAUGGAACACAACAACAGAAGAAUGUACCUGUGGUGAUGGAUAUGUUGGUACCUGGUGCCACGUACCAUGUUCAUCAAGCUUGACCUGCAAUGGGCAUGGUCUAUGUACCGAUUCUGGUGACUGCAUCUGUGAAGUGGGAUAUGUUGGAUAUCGAUGUGAGCAUGAAUGCACCAGAAAUGACACCUGUAACGGACAUGGUGAAUGCUCAGUAUUUGGGGAAUGCCUAUGUCAGGAUUGUUUCCAUGGGGAAGAUUGCUCACAAGAAUGCAGUGAUGCUGGUACAUGUUCUCUCCUCGGUACUUGUGAUUGCAAUAGCUGCCAUGUUGGGGAAUACUGUGAAAUUGUGUGCUCGGACCAUGGAUCAUGUGAUAAUGGGGUUUGUUCCUGUGAAGUGGGUUGGAGCGGUGAGCACUGCUCCAUUGCUGGAUGUCCAGGUGACGAUAAUUGUUGUGGACAUGGAGUUUGCAAUUCUGCAAUUCAUCAGUGUUAUUGCAAUCCUGGAUGGUGGGGUAAUGACUGCUGCUCUCCAGACUGCCCAGGAGAUCCAGAUUGCAACAGUAAUGGAAACUGCACAGCUCUGAGUAAUCCCCCACAAUGUACAUGCUUCCAUGGAUGGAUGGGUCUCGCAUGUGAACAUGAAUGCCUCCAUGGGAGUGUGGUUGUUCUAAAUGGAGAAUACUCAUGCGAGUGUGAUCCCUGCUGGGUAGGAUCAGGAUGCAACGUCUUGUGUUCAGGUUUUGGCUUGUGCGACGAUACAACAGAAAUAUGUCAAUGUGAUCCUCUAACUGGAUGGAGAGGUGAUCUCUGUGAGGUCCCUGGGUGCCCUGGAAUUGGAGAAGAUUGCUCUGGUCAUGGUGAUUGCAAUAGUGCAGUUCAUGAAUGUACCUGUGAUCCUGGCUGGUCUGGUGUUGGCUGCCACAUACCUGACUGCCCUGGUGAACCAGACUGCUAUGAACGAGGCUUCUGCAAUGCAACAUUCGAUCCGCCUGAAUGCAGAAACUGCUCCACUGGUUUUAUGGGACGUGAUUGCAAUGAACGUUGCAUCAAUGGUCAGCAGCAACCAAUGGACAGUGGGAUAUGUGUUUGUGAGCCAGGAUGGGUAGGCACGAGUUGUGAUUCAGAGUGCUCUGGUCAUGGUUCAAUCAUUGAUGGAGAGUGUGUAUGUGAUGAAGUCUGGCGCGGAAUAUUCUGUGACUACCCUGGUUGUCCGGGUGAUGGUAUUGAUUGUAGCGGCCAUGGAGAAUGUGACAGCUCACAACAUGUCUGUACUUGUGAUCCUGGCUGGAUUGGAGAUGGCUGCAACAUUGCUGAUUGCCCUGGAGAACCAGACUGCAAUGGUAAAGGUACCUGCAACAGCACAUUUGAUCCACCAAGGUGUCUUGACUGUCAGCCAGGCUUUAUGGGACUUUCCUGUGAAGAGCCCUGUGUCCACGGAACUCAAGAUCCUCCAAACAGUGGCAUUUGCCAGUGUGAAUCACUCUAUACUGGUGUUGGAUGUGAUGCAGAAUGUUCUUUACAUGGAAUAAUUGUUGGUGAGCAAUGCCUGUGUGAUCCUACAUGGUGGGGAACUCUUUGCGAUGAACCAGGCUGUUACGGCAAUGGCUCAUCCUGCACAGAUAGGGGUGAAUGCAAUGCAGCUUCUCAUAUUUGUAGUUGUGUGAGUGGAUACAGAGGAAAUGGCUGUGAAUUUCUGGACUGUCCUGGAGAUCCUGAUUGCUUUGGACGUGGUGAAUGCAGUGAUAACUUUGAAACACCACGUUGUAUUAACUGCCAUUGGCCUUACAUAGGAAGGGACUGCAACCAACUUUGUCAAAAUGGCACUGAACAACCAGUCAACAGUGGAAACUGCAUAUGUGAUGCCUGUUUUGCAGGUAUGGGGUGUAAUGCUGAAUGUUCCGGAAACGGCCAAUGCCUCACCAACCCUGAGAGUGGACUUCUCCAAUGCUCUUGCAUCACAAGAUGGCGAGGAGAUCUCUGUAAUGUGCCAGGCUGUCCUGGUGAUGGGGAAGACUGUACUGGACAUGGUGACUGUAAUACAGGUGUUGGGCAGUGCUUCUGCUACCCAGGCUGGAUUGGAGAGGGAUGUGAUGUGCCAGACUGUCCAGGAGAACCUGACUGCAAUGGGCAUGGUGAAUGUGCAGUACCAUCCGAUUCUCAACCAAUCUGCAUUUGUGAAAACGGCUUCUUUGGAAGUGAUUGUGAUUUCUUUUGCAUGGAAGGUGAGGUGCAGGAUGAGCACACUUGCAAAUGUGACAAAUGCUAUACUGGAUUUGAGUGUAACGUUGAGUGCUCUGGCAAUGGAAUUUGUAGAUCUGGCGAGUGCGAUUGCUCCAGCAAUGCACUUCAGUCUAUUCUUGGAAUUCAGUCUUUUCUGGGACCACUUUGUGAGUUCAGAGGAUGCCCUGGAGAUGAUGGUUCCUGCAACGGUCAGGGAUCCUGCAACGUUGACAGCCAAGAAUGCACCUGUUACCCGGGCUGGACUGGAGAGGACUGCAAUGAGCCGGAUUGCCCAGGAGUUCCCAGCUGCUCUGGAAACGGUGUAUGUGAGAAUAGACAGCCAAGGCGAUGUUCCUGCGAUGAAGAAUGGACUGGUGAAGCUUGCAGCAUCUCCUGUGUCCAUGGCAAGAAUAUUGAUGGAUCACGAUGUGUCUGUGACCCAUGCUACACAGGGCUUGGCUGUACAGAGAUAUGCAGUGGCAAUGGCCAGUGUAAUGACGGAACUUGCAUAUGUGACUUUAAGAGUGGUUUCCGAGGUGACCACUGUCAGAUAAAUGGCUGUCCAGGAAAUAAAACAGACUGCAGUGGUCAUGGAUCAUGUAAUACUGGAAGCUGGGAGUGUCUCUGUGAUCCUGGUUGGCAAGAUAUUGGAUGCCAAAUUCCAGAUUGUCCAGGAACUCCAGAUUGCUCUGGACAUGGUGAUUGUCCUUUACCUGCAUCUGAGGAGAAUCCUAUUUGCCAUUGUGAGGAUACUUUCAUGGGCCAUGCUUGUGAGUUCAGAUGCUUCCAUGGACACCCCUCUUUGCUUAACAUGACAUGGGUCUGUGAAUGUGAAGCAUGUUACAGUGGCGUGGAUUGCAGUUCUUUGUGCAACAAUCAAAGCAAUGUAUGUGAUAAUGGGAUCUGUGAUUGUGGAUUUGAUGGAUGGAGGGGAGACGUCUGUGACAGGCAAGGUUGCCCAGGAGAAGGAACAGACUGUAGCAACCAUGGACAAUGCAAUCUUGCUGAUCGCUCCUGUUCGUGCAACCCUGGUUGGACAGGAAUAGGAUGCCACAUCCCAGACUGUCCUGGAGAACCUGAUGACUGCAAUGGCCGUGGUGUCUGUCAUCCCGAGGAUCCAUCUCCUCGUUGCAUCAACUGCAGUGCUGGUUGGAUGGGAGCUGCAUGUGAGGUUCCUUGUGUGAACGGAACCCAAAACCCACCUAAUUCAGGCAUCUGUGAUUGCCAGCCUUGCUUUCAUGGAAUAAGUUGUGACAGCCGUUGCUCUGGUAUUGGUGUGUGCUCCAGUAAUGGUACCUGUGACUGCAUUUAUGCUGCUGGGAAGGGAGCAUUCUGUGAGAUCCCAGGCUGUCCUGGAGUAUUUGACCUUGAUUGCUCUGGAAGAGGAUCAUGUCUCGAAGGAGAGUGUUUGUGCAACCAGGGUUGGACUGGUGUUGGUUGCGAGAUAGCAGACUGUCCUGGAGAUCCUGACUGUAAUGAUAGAGGAGUUUGCUUCUCUGAGCUUGAUGUCCCUGAAUGUCGAAGCUGUGCUACAGGAUGGAUGGGCGAGGCUUGUGAGGUACCCUGUGGUCCAGGGCCAAAUAAUCCUGUACUAUAG